GCCUUUCCCUUCAAGCUCUAGCAGCAGAGCUUGCCUGGCGAUACUUUGGCCAAGCCCAGACGCUGUGAUAAUUGGGUCUACCGGGGGAAGAAAUCUUUGUCUGUCUUCCCAGUGGAUACCAAAGAAGCCGCACCAACUAUUUUCCACCUCAUCAGUCAAUCCCUCAUCUCUUCUCCCUCCCCCUUUCCACAGUCGUGAACCAUGGAGCCGACAUCUCCCACUCAUAAAGCCUCCAGCUUUGUUGUCGACAUCGAGCAGGGCCUUCCAUCUUCGGCCAGCGACCCCUAUGGACCCUCUCCCGGCCCUUCAGACUACCGCCCAUCUCCAAAGCCUGCGGGGUCUGCCACCCCAGCCCUCACUGCUGUAGCGCCUCUCACUAACUUGAAGCGACUUUUUGACCGCAAUCCCUCGGCAGUGGUCAGUGGGCGAUACACUAUCAACUUCCGCCAGAUGCUCAUCCUCGUCGUGAUCCUCAUGAGUUUGACAGGACUAUGGACCAUGAGCCGCCCAUCUACUUUGGGAACUGACCUCGAACAGGAUCAGCAAUACGUCCCACCACCACCUCCACAUCAUCGCCCCUACCCUGAUAUUGGCCACAAGGAGCCAUUGAUCCAGGAGAAUACCCAUGAAUCCUUACCAUUCAAAGCCGCUCCUGGUGGGAACGUUGACGCAGCGCGCGAAAGAUACGAGCGAGUCCGAGGAAAGGGAACCAAAACCAGCCUAAAGAACAUCCAAUUUGAUUUCCCCGAGGAGUCUGCACAAGACCGAGCCGAGCGAGAGAAACGCUUGAAGGCUGUCAGGGAUGGAUUCGCACAUGCUUGGGGCGGUUACAAACAGCACGCAUGGGGUCACGAUGAGGUCCGUCCAGUCUCGGGAGGAUUUGUGGACCGUUUUAACGGCUGGGGUGCGACUAUGAUCGACAGUUUGGACACCCUCGUCAUCAUGGGUUUCAACAAGGAGUUUGACGAGGCUCUCGAGUGGGUCAAGACUUCGUUCGACAUGACCAGACAGCCGACUGCCCAACUUCAAUUCUUCGAGACCGUCAUUCGCUAUCUGGGUGGACUCCUGAGCGCAUACGACCUCACGGGAGAGGAGGUCCUGCUCGACAAGGCGGAGGAGCUUGGUGGUUACUUGUUGAAUGCCUUCCAGAGCAAAAAUUUCCCCUCUGGCAGGUUCGCCGUCCAGAAGUCUGCCAACUCCCCCGGAUACAGCUUUGUGGUUGCAGAAAUCGGCACGAUCCAGCUCGAGUUCUCUCGCCUUUCGAUACUCACCAACAACCCGAUCUACGAUCAAAAGGCACAAAGAAUUUUCCAAGUCUUGGGCACCGCCACCUCUGAAUUGCCUGGCCUGCUCCCAGCAUUUGUGCAGGAUGGCGAAGGACAUCACUACAGUAACUUUAAGGCAUCUGUUGGUGGCAUGAUUGAUAGCUACUACGAGUAUCUUCUCAAGGAAUGGAUUUUACUCGACGGCAAGGUCCCAAAAUACCAAGAAAUGUUUGAAACAUCUGUUGAUUCGAUUGAGAAGUACAUGAUCCUUCGGCCGGAGAAUGGCUCGCAUGACUACGCAAUUCUGGGCACCGUCAACUCGGGAAGCAAGAGUGUUGAUGCUGAGAUGGGACAUCUUGCCUGUUUCAUGGCUGGAUCCUUGGCUAUGGGCUCUAAGUACUUUAACAGACCUAAUGACUUGGUCCUGGCGAAGCAAGUUGCCGAGGCUUGCUAUCUUGGAUAUCAUCGCUCUGUUACAGGCAUCGGCCCUGAGGACAUGAGAUUCAUGAAGAGCAACAAUGGCAAAGGAUUCAUCGCCCGUCCAGACACGUUCUAUUCUCGUUCAAGCAGCCGCACUGAAUACAUUUUGAGGCCAGAAACGUUGGAGAGCUUGUGGAUUUUGUACCGUCUUACUGGCGAGAAGAAGUACCAGGACCAGGCAUGGGAAAUCUUCCAGUCAUUGGAGAAGCAUUGUAGGACAAGUAUUGCCUACUCUGGUCUUCUUGACGUUAAUGAGCCAAACUUAUACGAUAACAAGAUGGAGAGUUUCUUCUUAGCGGAGACGAUGAAGUACCUCUACUUGAUGUUCUCUACGCCGGACGUUAUCUCGCUGGAUAACUUCGUGCUCAACACCGAGGCCCAUCCCCUCAGGAGGACCUAAAUGAUCUAACUAUUGCUCUUAUCAAAUACUCUAAGCUUGGCACGCCUUAGUUCUCAUCUCUUCGAUUUGCGAUUCUGAUUGUGUAGGGUUGCGCGUUUAUAAAAUAAAAGGAUCGACAUUGAACAGA